AUGUCUAUGCUCCACCUCUUCAAGCUACUCGCCCUCCUCUCGCUCACAACCUUGAUCCUCGCUCUCCCAACAGGACCUCCUCCACUCUCCACAUCAGCAACGCUAAAACACCAACCGAACCACCCCAACAGUGCGCCACCCAGGAAAUCUCUUACGGUAGCCCUCUCGACAACCAAGCUCGAAGCAACCAAGAGACCUCCACAAUCAAAAUGCAUACUGAUCUGCACACACGCCCACUGCGACCUCUUAUGCGCCAACCCUCACACCACCACUUCCCUUCCCGUGUCCACAUCUUCAGCUAACCCCACGAUCACCAACACCACAUCCACAUCGUCAACCGCUUCUACGAACAUCAACACCAACAUCACCACCACUGUCCCACAACCAGCCCACCUCACCAUCUCGUCGCUCUCGUCAGGCAUGGACGCCGUGAUACUAGACCCGAGAUCCCAGACGGGGCAGAUGCAGAGAUGCGCAUGGACCUGCAGUGCAGCGACGGGAAGGGUGCAGAAGGUACGGGUGCUGAGCAUGUUGACGAAGGAGAGACGGAUGGACAAGGGAAAGGAGGAGGAGGAGGAGGAGGAGGAGGAGGAGGAGAGUGCGAGGUACUGGAUACAGAGGGUGCAGGACGGGUGGUUAUUUGUUUUCUUCCGUCUGAGGAGGGAGAUGGCAAGGCCAUUGACGAUAGACAAUGCACGCUCUUCUGGCGAGGCGGGAUGCCGCGUCUAG